AUGGCUUCAGUAUCACAUGUAACAAAUCCAUCCCCGAAUAAUUCGUCUAUAACUCAUCCAUCUCACAUAGUAGUUAGUGAAGAUCUUAAGCAAGCUGCUAUUGAUCAUCUGGCUUAUCUAAAAGAAUAUUAUGAUCAUCCUGAAUAUGUUCAAAAACAAGCGUGUGAAUACGCUGUGUAUCGUUAUGAAAUGUUUUGGCUUCCAUUUCUAGCAGAAGUUGGCGAUUUAGAGAUUGUUCCACCUCUUGAUGUACUUUUUGUUUGGCAUUCGCAUAUGUUAGCACCGACAUCAUAUGCAAGUGAUUGUGAACGUUUAUAUGGACGUAUUUUGUCGAAUCGUGUACGUGCGCGUUCACCACAGAUAGUUAAACUUAGUGAACAAUUAUGGACCAAAAAAUAUAGUCGUCAUAUGCCAUAUCAUUUAGAUUAUAAAACAAACAUACAAAUUAUUCCACCAUAUACAAGUAAAAUAAAAUAUGCUUUAAGUCAUGCUGUUGAAAGACAAGCAGAUUUUUAUUAUAAUGUUGCAUUUGGCCAUUAUAAAGAUCCUGAGUUUCUCGAAGAAGCAUUAAAUCGUUAUAAAAAAUUCAUUUUUUUGAAACGUCUCCAUCCACAAUUAUUUGUGGUACCAAUGUAUGAUAUUGAUGUUAUUUGGCAUACACAUCAACUGUUUCCCGAAGCCUAUCGUCGGGAUAUGAUGGCAAAUCUUCAGCAUGUUCUUCAUCAUGAUGAUACAACACAGGAUCGUUCAGCAAAAUCGAAAUUAUCAACAUCAGAUAGUGAAACACGUCGUAAAUGGUUUGAUUUAUAUGGUGAUCGCCUAGCAAAAAGUGGCUGCAUGUAUCGAGGAAAAACAUCACGAGGCUUCUAUCAAUUUGUUACUGAUUACAACUUUCUUCUUGAAUGUCAACGAUAUUCAUUAUAUGUACAAUUAAUCGAAAAUACUAAUCUGGCAACGGGUAAUGAAAAAAAAUAUGUUGACGACAGAGCCAGUACAGUUGUAUCGCUUCAUGAUCGCACGCCUAAUGAACCGUUACGUGAACAAUUUUUUGCACAAUUUAAUAAUUCCGAUCAGGAAAUUUUUGCUCGUGGUUCAUCAGGACAUAUUGAGGCGCAUUUUGAUGCUGAUCCAGGUGAUUUUAGAGAAAACCUUACGCUUAAAAUUCAGCAGAAAGCUGGUUUUUGGCCCAUGAUUUAUUUUAGUUCACUUGCAGAAUUUGUAAUGCCACCGGAAAGACUUCUUCCCAUCACUCAAUUCCAGCAACCUGUUCAAGCAGCUAAUAGUUCAACAGCUGAAGAUGAUCCAACUGCACUUUAUCAUAUAUUUGAAACUGUUAUUACAGCUGAUUCGCCUCUUCGAAAACUUUUAUCCACUGCAAACAGUUUGAUUGUUGGUGUUCCAGCUGUUGAUAUAAAUACAAUUAUUGUUCGAUAUGAUCCUGUCGAAUAUGAAGAAGUAACACUUGACAAAAACUAUCUAGCUCAAUUAGGUACAUCAUUUUUAUUUAAUCUCGAAGAUGUUCGAGUUCAACAAGCAUUACAUAUUAUUCGACCAGUACAUCAAGAUGAUCCAAUCUUACUUAAUAUUCGUCAUACUGUUCUUAAUGAUAUUGAUAUAUUUACAGCAACACUUAAUAGUGCUAUAUUUGCUUCAUGUCAUACACUUAACUGGUCCCAAUUACCAUUACCUACUAAUGUAUCGGAUAAACAUGAUAUAUCUAUUAUCACAUUAAAUCCGGAAAAUGAAGAAGCACUCAUUAUUAAAGAUCAUUCAGGUGAUUGGGGUAUCGUUAAAUUUAGUAAAGAACUUUUCACAGUUACAUUAGAAGCAACAGCAACUGAUAAAAAUUAUCAAUUUACUUUAUAUCGUUUUAUGCCUGAUGGCCGCGUUGUAGAAGAAAUCGCUUAUGUCGAUUGGAACGAAGAUAGAUGGCUUAUUGGUUCAAGUAAUUUUGUUAUUGACAUGAAUACAUGGGCAAUAUCAGUUAAACGGGUGGAAUUGGCAACUUCUUUGCAAUAUAUUUGCUUAGGAUCGGCAUUAAUAUCACGUUUUGAUACAUUAUUUACAGAAAUAUUUGGUAAACAUGAGGGAGCAGAUUUAACGGCCACAAAUGGGGAUCAUAAUGAUAAUGAUUUGUUAGCGAAUGAUAUUGGAAAGAUAAAUUUGAAUGGAUCAACUGGCACUAAUAAUACUGAAAAGAUGUCGGCUACUAAAAAACCUCACAUGGCUAUGAAUAAUGUUUAA